AUGUUGCUGAAAGCGCAGAUUGUGAAUUUCGGACAACCGGGGAAGGGUAAUUGGGAACCUGGGAAGUCGUCCUCUGUGAGAAGUUUAGAACGAUCACUGGUCUUAGUUCAGUUGCUGGUCCCCACGUUGACUACAUUACAUGAUCUGUACUCUCAACUCGAUCCACCAAUACAAUCUCUGGAUUCUGCAAUUGCCACGUUCACUGAGACCCAGCUUCGACCGUGCGUGGAGUCUUUCCGUGAGCUUUGUAGAUCACAUUCGUCAACGAUUUUCUCGUCUUUGAGAGCCGCUCAACUGGAUCGGAUGGCGAACUUUCGAGAAAUUCCGGAAGAAAAGCUGCGGAUCGCCACUUUAUACUACACGUCGAUGUUGUAUACUCUAGGGAUUCCUCGCCUCAAGGCUGCAGGCAUGUUUGUUGAAGUUUUUUUUGACAAUUUUGAAAGCCAUACAAAAGACGAACUACUUUUUCAGGGUUUCCGCUUCGAGCUUCAGUGCAAGUUGCCAUUCUCGAUGACCGAUCCGGUGAGAAAUCUGCUUGAGUUGGUAUACCUGACAGUCGAUCAGUUGGUGGCCGAUUGCCUAUUUGCUGCCGAACCGUCAACGAAUGCCAUUCUCGUCACGAACAACCUUUUCCCGUUCAACUGUGACAGCUUGGCUCAUGCCGUCAUAUUCAAGCAGUUCGACGUGCAGAUCGUUAGCGAGGAGACCGCACAGGCUGUUCAGAUCCAAAUGAACAAAGUCCGUGAAGGGUCGUUCUCACCGCACAUACCGGGCAGCUUUCCGUCGGCAGCAUUGCUAGCCAUGAAACCAACUAGUGGUGUUAAGCGAAAUAAUGCCACAGCUAAUGCUGAAGGCGGCAAUACGGCCCAUAAGAAAUCGGAUGUGAACAGUAAAGAAUCGGUGAUGUUGAUGCCAUCGUUCAGCGAUAAGCUCAACAGUUGGCAGGCUACCUAUCCGCAUCUGCUUUGCACAACGAGGCAAAAGGAUACCGUACUUCUUGAUAAUCGAGCAGGACAAGUGGGGAAACGGCCAGUGUUCUAUUUCUACAUUCGUGCCACAACCUUUUCGCCUUCAGGAGGUCUCUCUUAUGUACGAUCGCUUUCACUGCCGUUCACUAUCGCUACGCGACGAAAUCAGGUC